AGCUUCCCUUUCAGAAACAUAUACGAGUCGUAUGCGUGCUACGAUUGUUUGGCAGCCCCCAUUUUUAGUGCUGGCACUGAAGACGGAAGGGCGACGGUAAAGCCCGUCGCGUGCAUGUGAUCGCCGGGGCAGAACAAGGAUUCAGAAUUGCGGUAAGACACACGUUAGACAAUGAAACUUGCCUCCCUACCAAUAGGUUCCCCCCGCUCUCCGACUCUGAUACCAGUCAACGGUAGCCACUUCACCUGCUCCACAUUUACUAUCCACUCCAAUACAAACCCAGAUCUGCCAGUUAUUGGAAAGGACGGUCAAAGCCCUUCUUAACACAUUCACUGUCCACAUUAGUUCGAGCAUGACUGCGCCUUCCAAACGGCCUAUCGACGAUGUCGAGUCAGAUGGUUCAUAUGAUAGACCCGCCAGGCGCGUUCGGUCUAAGCACGCAGAUGACAUAUCGUUAUCAAGUGUCCCGGAUACGGUCUCCGAUCUCCCUGACGCCAUAGUCAGGCGUCCAAAACGACCCUUAGAUGACCUAGAAUCAGACACAUCUUUACCUAAGAAGAAGGUUCGUCUAGGAUCUUCAGAUGGCUCCAGUAGUAAGCAACUGAGUAAUAGGCAAUCAGACGAUGCUUCCGCCAUUGGAUCCUUGGAACCGCUUGUUGAAGCUGAUAAGCCCAGUGAUUCCCCCGCUGAUUUUUACGAUUCUGGAAAACCUGCCAGUUGUCUUCAGUUAGAGAAGACGACAUCCUCAGAUCAAUUGAAGAUAAACACCCGUAAAGCUUUGUUGCUGCCAAUGGAGCUGCACGAUAUGAUUCUGCAACACCUAUGGGAUUCAGAUGUCAAGUGCGACUGGCAUAGUACUCUGCGUGAUUGUGCUCACACGUGUUCGAGAUGGCGCGCUGCUGCGUUACCUCAUGUGUUUCGUGUUGUCACAUUAGGUGGUAGAAUCAGCCUCGAAAGGCUUUCAGCGCUCAUCCAUGCCAAUCCCGACAUCGCAACAUGGAUACGCAGAAUUCGCUUCUAUGGGAGAUCUCUACCGUACCAGGAUGAGCCGCUGAAAUGCCUCGUGAACGUCGUUGAAGACCGGGAACGUUGGAUAUACCAGUUCCCCUCAACGUUUGGAGUUCCUCUCCCAAACCUCAAAGUCUUUGAGCUCUUCGGGUUUGCUCGGCUCAGCCCGCGGCGUGAGUACCUAGAAGCUUUCGCGCGCUGGAUUCCUCAGUUAGCGAAGUUGGAAUCUGUCGAGGAAUUCAAUUUACUUCGCGGUCAAAUGUGCUCCAACAGCAUGACCGCCAUCGUUCGUGCUUUUCCAAACCUGGUCAAAGUUGGCCUUGGUCUGGUCGAUUUUACUUCCCCAAACUUCACGGUACUAAGGGAUGAGUCAGUUGCAAAUGGAGAUGACGGCGAGCAUUCAUCACCCCCGGCUACUACUGGCUCCGUCAAAGCUGCUGAGCCUUCCGAACCGGUGCACGCAAUUGCAGCGGAAGCUGGAGUGUUAGGUGCUCUACCCGACGAUAUAGAAGACCCACAUUCUUCUCACGAAGAUUCUAAGCAACCGGUGCAACUUCCUCUAUUUCAUCCGCCGCCCUUGCUGCAAUCUUUCUCGAUCGAGAACACAAAGACGGAAUAUCCACAGUUCGACCUCGCGCUUUUACACGAUUGGCUUUGUCCCAAAUCCCUCAAUCGAAGCCUCAAGUCGUUGAAGAUCAGUGUCAACAUUGAUGACCGGACUCUCGCCAAACUUAUAUCUCACCUUGGCGCUUCCCCUGCAUUGGAAUCUCUGAGUAUAUUUACAGGGGAUGGCAUCGAUUAUCUCAUCGAAUGUCGACUGGACCUCUCUACGCUUUCCAAUCUCACAGAUAUUCGCCUCCACACCAACGAGAUAUUGCUUCAGGAUGAUCAAGUCGAAGGGAUGCGCUAUGUUCUGUCGCAGCUCAAUGCACGUCGCCUACGAAGACUUUCCAUUGUCAUUGGUUUCCCUGAUGGUUUUUACAGCCUCGAGGGAACGGAUGCUUACAUCGCCGAGACCUUCGAGGAUCUGGACCAGUUUAUUGUCGAGGUUUAUGAAGAUGACUUUCGGGCAUUAGAAAAAGUACGGAAAGAGGUGGAAGCGAUGUUCCCCCUGAUGAUGAAACGAGGCAUUCUGCGGGUCGAUUCCUGGGAUGUACCUUAUCUCUAUUAGGCCUUGUUCUUUCUGCGUACGUAGCCGUGUGGUGCACAUUUCGCUGAGAUCCAGUACUACUAUACUUAAUGCCUGUCGUCGCCUGCAACUACUUUUCAUUGGUGAAGACC